AUGUCAGGCCUGGCAGUGGGUGCCCAUCAGGGCCCUGGCACUUGGGCCUCUCCUGGGCAGCUGGACACCAAUGCUGGGGCCUCCUUGCCCCAGGGGGCCGCGGGCCCCAUCCGGGCCUUCGUGGUGCCGCACAGCCACAUGGACGUGGGCUGGGUCUACACUGUGCAGGAGAGCAUGCGGGCCUACGCGGCCAACGUCUACAGCACCGUGGUGACGGAGCUGGCGCGGGGACAGCAGCGGCGCUUCAUUGCGGUGGAGCAGGAGUUCUUCCGGCUGUGGUGGGACGGCGUGGCCUCGCAGCGGCAGAAGCAGCAGGUCCGCCGGCUCCUGGACCAGGGCCGCCUGGAGUUCGUGCUUGGAGGCCAGGUCAUGCACGAUGAGGCUGUGACACACCUUGACGACCAGAUCCUGCAGCUCACAGAAGGACACGGGUUCCUCUACGAGACGUUCGGGGUCCGGCCGCGCUUCUCCUGGCAGGUGGACCCGUUCGGCGCCUCUGCCACAACGCCCACGCUGUUCGCCCUGGCGGGUUUCCACGCCCACCUCAUCUCCCGCAUCGACUACAACCUCAAGGACGCCAUGCAGGAGGCGCAGGGCCUGCAGUUCGUGUGGCGCGGGUCCCCGUCCCUGGCCGCGCAGCAGGAGAUCUUCACACACGUCAUGGACCAGUUCAGCUACUGCACACCCUCGCACCUGCCCUUCUCCAACAGGUCUGGCUUCUACUGGAACGGGGUGGCCGUCUUCCCAGAGCCACCCCCGGAUGGCGUGUACCCCAACAUGAGCGAGCCAGUCACUCCGGCCAACAUCGCCCUCUACGCCCAGGCCCUGGUGGCCAACGUGAAGCAGCGGGCCGCCUGGUUCCGGACGCCCCACGUGCUCUGGCCCUGGGGGUGUGACAAGCAGUUCUUCAACGCCACGGUACAGUUCGCCAACAUGGACCUGCUGCUAGAGCACAUCAACAGCCGCGCGGCCCAGCUGGGCGUGAUGCUGGAGUACGCCACGCUGGGCGACUACUUCCACGCCCUGCACCAGCUCAACAGCACCUGGGGCAUCCGUGACCACCGCGACUUCCUGCCCUAUGCUUCAGAACAGCUGCAUGCCUGGACAGGCUUCUACACGUCCCGCAGUGCCCUCAAGGGGCUGGCGCGGCAAGCCAGCGCCUUGCUGUAUGCUGGGGAGUCCAUGUUCACACGCUACAUGUGGCCGGCGCCGCAAGGGACUCUGGACCCCACCUGGGCCCUGCAGCAGCUGCAGCAGCUCCGCUGGGCCGUCUCUGAGGUCCAGCACCACGACGCCAUCACCGGCACCGAGUCCCCCAAGGUGAGCGACAUGUACACGGAGCACCUGGCUGAGGGGGCCCUGGGGGUGCACAAGCUGGUGGCCGCCAUCGCCGAGGACAGUGCCCAGCGCAUGGCCCCAGGCUCCAGCUCAGGCGCAAGGCCUGCAGGACACCUGGCCUCCAUCUACAACCCCCUGGCCUGGACGGUCACCACGGUCGUCACCCUGACCAUCAGCUUCCCUAGAGUCAGUGUCCUGGACGAGUCUGGCCGCCCGGUGCCUGCACAGGUCCAGAAGUCCACCAAGGACCCCUCCGCCUAUGACCUGCUGAUCCUGGUCACCAUUCCCGGCCUCAGCUUCCGGCACUACAGCGUCAGGCCCACAACAGGGACCCAGGCCGCGGCCUCCGUGGCCAGCACUGUCCAGUUUGGCCGCAGACUGCGCCGCGCUGGCCGGGGGCACAGGAGCCUGGUGCCUGUGGCGAACGACUGCUACACAGUGCUGCUGGACCCUGACACCAACCUGCUGCACAGCAUCCGGGAGAGACACAGCAACCGGACGGUGCGCGUGACGCAGGAGUUCCUGGAGUACCACACCAAUGGGGACCCCAAGCAGGGCCCCAUUUCCGACAACUACCUGUUCUCGCCCAGCGGGACAGCAGUGCCCGCGUGGGAAGCCGUGGAGCUGGAGAUUGUGGCAGGCAAGCUGGUGACUGAGACCCGGCAGCGCUUCUACAGGGACGCCAGGGCCCAGGCUUACACAUACGCCAUCCACUCCCGGCUGGCCCACGUGUCCCAGGACCAAGGUGGGGAGCUGUUGGGGCCCCGGGCGGUCACCACUGCCCUGCGGCCGCGGAGCGCGCUGGCGCUGCAGCACAGGCCCCUGGUGCUGCUCAGGGAGCUGGCCGGAGAGGGGGCUCCCACCUGGGGACCGGCCCCAAAGGCCCCCGCGCCCCUGCAGCGAGCGGCUGUGACGCUGCCCCCCAGCCUGCACCUGCAGAUCCUGAGCGUCCCCGGCUGGAACUACAGCUCGAGCCACGAUGAGUACAUGCGGGGGCUGCGGGCAGGCGGCCGCGUGCGGGCCCAGGCAGACCUGCGCCGAGUGCUGCUUCGGCUCCACCACCUGUAUGAGGCCGGGGAGGACCCGGUCCUGUCCCAGCCAGUGACUGUGAGCCUGGAGGCUGUGCUGCAGGGGCUCGGGUCACUGGAGACUGUGGAGGAGCGCUCUCUCACGGGAACCUGGGACGUGCACGCCAUGCGGCGCUGGAGCUGGAGGACGGACCCCGGCCCCCAGACAGGCCGUCCCACUUCCCCCUCAAGGCUGCCUGGAAGCUCCACCAUCACCGUCUACCCCAAGGAGAUCUGCACGUUCUUCGUCCACUUCCGACAGCAGUGAGCGUGGAGUAGGUGGCCCGGCACAGACCCACGGGAGACCCGAGAGGCGCUGGGUGGGAGGGAGCUGCUCAUCCCCCCGGCC